UACGCACGUCUGAAACACUGGAGACAUGUCUUCCGUCUAUCACAACGUGAUCGAUUUGGUUCCGCGUGUUUCGAUCAGGAAACAGCCAAGUAGCUUGAUGUAUUUUCUUAUGUUGGAAUCUGGUACUACAGACGACCAUAUUUCGGGCCCCAGCGAAGUCGAUCAGCCUCAGGCCGUUUGGCGAUGUUUCGUCAUGGAGGCUGAAUUUUCCGACUGUUGUGCCAAAGACACCUUCUUUACUCACCCUGGCGUUAAAAUCGCCAAGCACGAUUUUGACAUCGUGGCGGGGGCAGCGCUCAUAGGUGCGUUCUAGGCGCUCAUAGAAAGCAUCUUUGGUCACAUCGUCCUUCUCUUCCGUUGGGGCGUGGGCGCAAAUCAGCGAUAUGUUGAAGAACCUCGCUUUGAUGCGGAUUGUGGCAAGACGUUCAUCCACCGGGGUGAAUGCCAGGACUCUGCGACGGAGUCUCUCUCCCACCACAAAUCCAACACCAAAUUUGCGCUCCUUUAUAUGGCCGCUGUAGUAGAUGUCACAAGGACCCACCUUCUUCCGUCCUUGUCCCGUCCAUCGCACUUCUUGGAUGGCGGUGAUGUCAGCCUUGAGUCGUAUGAGGACAUCAACCAGCUGGGCAGAGGCACCUUCCCAAUUAAGGGUGCCGAAUAUGUGGGUCAAAUUGUGUGUUAUAUUAAUAAAAUUAAAUACAUAAAUUGCGAGUAUAAAAUGUUCGGUCACAUCCGAACUUAGCCCUUCCUAACUUGUUUUAAAUUUAGUUUCGUCGUCAUUUGUAAAUUCGGUAUAUAGAAAAAAGCUAGAUGCAGAGUGAAAUGUAAUGAAUCAAGUUUGGUUUGCAAUAACCACAAAAUGUAAAACGUUUCUGAACAGAUUUGCCACAAAUAUGUUAUUUAUUUAUACAAUUUUAUUUUAUUUAAUUAAUUUUAUUAAUUUUUUUUAAAUUUUUUUUCUGAAAAACAAUUCUAGAUUGCCAUACGAGUAUCGAGUAUUUUUCAAUGAUGAUCAAAUUACACGUUCACACGUUCUUUCACUUAUACAUUGUGAUCUUUUUAAUGAAUACACACUAUGUUUUAUCAAAUAUACCGAAUUGUCCAUUUGGAGAUACCGUCGAAUUAACUGAUGCGCAUAGACUUGACAACGGUUCUUACCGCUAUGAAGGUGUGUUGGUGCCACCGCAUUUGAUCGACCAUUACGACUACAUUGAACUGUAUAACGGAGAGCAACACGAUGUGCCGUGGCAUCUACGCGGUUGUGUGUGUCAAAUUAAAAAUUGUUUCAAACUCUGUUGUACUCCGGGGAAGGCGUUGUAUAAUACUAACCCAAUGGGUGAUUGUGAGGUAAUGAAAGGAAAACAGCGAUAUUCACCAUAUGUAAAUAUUACAUUAUCGAAUGAUAGUAAAGUUUUAAAGAAUGUACUGAAAGAAUUUGUGGUGCAAGUGGGACAGCCAUGUGAAGGGGGGUUCAUGCUAAACCCAAGUAACAUUCCAGAAGACAAAUGGCAUUUGUAUGAGAAUGGUACACUUUUGCGCGAGUACGAUAAAGCGAAACUUACCCGAAGGGAUUACUGCAUGACUGCUAUUCCAAUAAAUGAAACAUUUCAAUUACAACCAUAUAACUGUCCAAUUAUCGAAACUACAUCAUCAACUGUUAAAGUAAACACUACAGUGAUGUUGAUUUCGUUGCCAUUUCUAUUUCUAACCAUACUGACCUAUUGGGCCAUACCGGAGCUAUAUAAUAUUUUGCAUAACAAAUGCUUAAUUUGCUACCUCUUCUCGCUCGCGAUUGCGAAUACGAUGAUAAUUUCGGUUAACAUGAGAGCAGAUGGUUACAAAACCGUUACAUGUACCAUAAUUGGAUCGGUCGCAUAUUUCUUCUAUCUUGGCGCAUUCUUCUGGCUCAAUGUUAUUUGUUUCGAUAUUUGGGUAGCGUUCUGUCGAGACUUGAAAAAUUUACCACAAAAUUCGAAGUGCAAAAUUUUUUUGAAAUACUCGCUCUAUGCUUGGGGACUGCCAACUUGUAUGACAGUUGUGACCAUAGCAUUACAGUUCUCUAAUAUACUGAAUCAAUUCAAAUCCGGCAUCGGUUAUUCACAUUGCUGGCUCCAAAUUGAGGGUUGGUCAGCUAUGAUGUAUUUCCACGGUCCCUGUUUAUUGCUCAUCACCAUAAAUACAAUUAUGUUUUGUUUAAGUGUUCGCAAGAUCUAUAGCGAUCGCAAACAAUUUAGAGACAUCUCACGAAGCGCGGACAGCGCAAGACAUUUAAAAUCACAAGAGCAUAGUGUUUGGCUAUUCUUCCGUCUCUUCGUUGUAAUGGGAGUCAGUUGGAUAUUGGAAAUGAUCGGUUAUUUACUGGGACGGGAGAAAAAUGAUUCAUUAUUUUUCAAAGUGGCAGAUGGUUUCAAUGCAUCACAAGGCUUAAUUAUAUUCUGUCUAUUUGUUAUGAAGAAAAACCUGUUGCUGCUAGUUAAAGAGAGAUUAAAAAAAAUCUGCACCUGUCUAAGAUGAAAACUCAACCAACCACGCCUCCGUAAAGUUCUGUCUACAAAUACUCUCCAUAACAAGAUCUUUAGUUAAAAAAUAUAUUAUUUAAACAUAUAAAAAUAUCGUAAUAAAAAUGUGUAUAAUCAAACCAAGUCGAUUCUUAUAAUUCCU